UUUUUUCCUUGUUCCAAAUGCCAUACUAGUAGUACUAGUAGUCUAGCAGUUCUGGUAGCUUGCCCGUCUACUACAGGUAGUCUAGUAUAAGGAAGCAUGCGUCGAAGGUCCGAGGAUGCUAUAACCAAUGGGGCAGGUGGGUCAUCUCCAUUUCCCUUGUCCACCUUGUCCGAAGGAGGAAGCGCGAGUGCUCCCUUGGUGGCGCCACCGGGGAAUCGUCAAGAGAGCUUGCGACGGAGCAGUCUGCAGGAUGAAUUUCUUGAUUUCGUGCAGACUACCAAAGCCAGCACGGCGUUGCAUCAGCGCUUGUCAGACAAUGAGAAUGUGAAGCAGUUUACGAUGAACAAGCUGCGGUUUGAUCGAUUAGAAGAGAGCGUGAUACCCGUGGGACGAGAUGGGGAAUACGAAGUGCUCAGGGAACGACUGCAAGAAGUUUGGGAUCAAAAGGUGCAGCGGGAAUUGGUGUUACUCAGUGGGUACUCGGGCAGUGGCAAGACCACGCUCGCAGCUUCUAUACAGCCAUUGGUGGAGAGAAAGAGCAAUAAGGGUGGAUUGUUUGUCUUGUCCAAAUUCGAUUAUCUCGAUCUAUCGGGAGGUGGCUGCUCAUCUUCUGUCUCUUCAGGGGAAGGUAGUGCUGGUGGUGAUAAGAACAAUGCAGAUCCCUUUGCCGCUGUCUCCAAUGCCUUUGGCAGAAUUUGCAGAGAUAUCCAGCGGAGAAAAAAUAAUACCGCCACAAACACAGCAAUCCAGGAAUUGACUUCCGAGAGUGAUACCCAAGAAGAAAUUGACCAUCCAAUGGCAUCCCUUUGCAAAGAAUUAUCUCAAGUCCUGACCAGCACAGAUAUCACGUUUCUGGAAGAUAUCAUGCCAGAAAUUGAGUUAUUAGUUUCUCCGCAAUCCAGCAACAAUCACCACGAAAGCAGAGCCUCCAUCUUCCACGAAAGCAGAGCCUCCAUCUUUCACGAAAGCAUUGCCACCAUCAGUCAUGUGUCAGAUGACAGCAUGAGCCAUGGCGGCGAGGCUUCGAAUCAAACAUCAAAGUCCCGUCGUUCGACAAACGGUGGAGAUACCCGGGCCAUUUUGUACCUGGCGGUCCGGAAAUUCCUCCGUGUUGUCACCAAGCAUUUGAUGCUUUGCAUUGUCUGGGAUGACCUGCAAUGGGCCGACACGGUUUCCUUGGAACUGCUGCAGUCCAUUUUGUCCGAUUCAAAGAUUGAAAAUCUUGUCAUUAUUGCCUUAUUUCGCUCCAAUGAAGUCAAAGAGCACCAUCCGUGGGCCAAGACUAUGGAAAUCUGUCGACAGCAUGCCAAACGAGGAAACGACAUUGGCGGGUUGCACAUCACGGACAUGCCAAUUGGGAAUCUCAACGCGGCGUCGGUCAACAGCAUUGUAAUGGUAUUGUUGAAUGUGGACGAUGUCGCUACUACCAUGGAUCUGGCGGAAACGUGUCAUGCCCGGACACAAGGAAAUGUCUACUUCUUGUUGACCUUUCUCGAGAUGCUCCAUGACGAGGGACUCCUCAUGUUUCAUUUGGGGACGUUCCAAUGGACAUGGGAUAGCCGGGAGAUUCUCGAAAAGACCGUGGCUACCGCUAAUACGGUCAGUCUGCUCAUGGACAAGAUCACCAAAUCAUCCGGAGGCAAUGAAAUGACGCGUAUGCUGCCCAUUGCCGCCUUGCUGGGGAGUUGCUUUGAAGCAAGAAUGCUACGAUUGGUGUGGGAAGAGCUACGGCCACGGGGAAAAAAGACAAUGUCGUCGUCAAGUCAGCAACAAACGGAGGCAGCAGACAACAGUGAGAACAACGCUUCCAGCGAUGAUUCCUUUGUGGGCCUGUUGGAAAUGACCGUCGAAGAAAAGUUUUUGGAACGAGUUGACACAUCUACACCGACAAUGGGCUCACUCCGAUUUUGUCACGACGAGAUUCAAAAAGCCUCCUUGAAUCUAGUCUCGGGUGCCAAACUUGAAAAGCUCAAGGUUUGUGUGGGGGCUGUACUUCUGCACAAAUUGAGACGCCAGGAGCUGGAAGAAUCCAUCUUUGUUGUCACCAAUCUACUGAACAGCAAGUUUGCGAAAGGUGUCAUGGAUCGACUGGACAAAAAACUGCCAUCUCGUCGACGCUCGGAACUGACAGAACGGUCCUAUCAUACGACAAGUUCUGUAGGUCACUACUCUGUGGGGAAUACGGCACUUUUUCUGCAGCGCCUUGUCAAGGAGGGGCCUAUGAUGGAUAUGGGCAACUCUGACCAGGACCAUACGGAGGAUCAGGAAGAUGACGAGGAACUGGGUGAUAUCUUUCGAGUUCGGCUAGCACAACUCAAUCUACAGGCAGCCGAGAGGGCAAGGAAGAUGUCAGCCUUUCACAGCGCCGCUCGGUAUGCUGCGAAAGGUAUUGCGUGGCUGGACGAAAAACACAAAUGGUCCGGUACUACGUUUGACCUGACGUUGAAUUUGUACAACUUGGCAGCGGAGGCCAAUUCCAAUGUUGGAAAGAUGGAGGUUGCUGAGGAAUAUUGCCAUUAUGUUCUCGACUGCGAAAUGUGCUCUAUCCCGGAUAAAAUGCAUGCCUACAGAAUCGUGACAAAUUACAAAGCAAUGAUUGGCAAUAACAAGGAAGCCCUUGCCAUUUGCCUUGACGUUCUGCAGCAACUUGGUGUCAAAUUCCCUACGAUUCUCCCACUAAAGGCUGCCGCUGCUCUGCGAGCGAUUCUUCGAGUCAAAAAGAUGAAGCCCUUGUCUCUUCAACAACUUGAAGGGCUGCCCCGCAUGAAGGACAAAAGGCUUUUGGCAGUGAUGAAUCUCCUGGAUAUUGCAACCAUCCUCAGCUACGCAGCAAGAGAUGAGCCGCUGUCGAUGCUGCUUCUUGAGCGAAUGCGAAAGUUAACCUUGCAACAUGGUCUCUGCAAAGAAUCGGUUCAAGGUAUCCUUUUUCCUGGUUUCGUUAACUGCUUUCUGUUUGAAGAUUGGAAGAACGGAGUAGCUCAUGCAGAUGCGUCCUUGAUUGCCCUUGAAUGCCUUGGAGACGACGGGUUGGCAGUUUAUGCAAAGGCUACGUGGCAAGUAGAAGGAAUGUGCCAUAGCUGGGUGCAACCGUUAGCUGGCAUGUCCUCCAGGUUCGAGUUGGGGUUCAUACGGGGACUGCAGACUGGGGACAUCGAUAGCGCAGCCAUGUGCGCGUGGAAAGGACUGAUUACAGACUUCCUCUCCGGAAGAACAACCCUAGAUCGGCUGAUUGAAUCAUGCCAAAACUACAUCCCGCAGGUUGCAUCAUUGCAACGAAUGGUUUACUUGGUGCAAUUCCAAAUCUUUCUACAGCACGUGACCAACCUCUCCGAUGAAAAGGCCACAAACACGACAUCACUAACAGGGGGCGUCAUGGACGAGCAGGAAACGAGAGAUUCUGUCUCCAACGUCGAGGUCGGCAAGAUGCUCCUUUUGGUUCUUGACGUUCACAAACAAAUUGCAUGCACAUUCUUCGGGGAUCACGAGGCUGGUGCAGAACUAGCCAUGACCCGCGGCGACUCCAUCAUUCAUCGUCUGCCAGGUUAUUCUUUGGGCGCUGUGUGUCCUGUCAUGCGGGCAGUGUCGCUUUACGCAAUGGUGCGGAGAGCAAGCGGCCUCCGAAAGAUCCGCUACAAGCGUGAAGCUGUACGACUUCGAAAAAUGGUUCGUCGUUGGGCAGAAAAGGGCUUCGUCAACGUGGCUCAUUUCUCGAAGCUCCUUGACGCAGAACACUUCGCGCUCACCAAACGAACGGCCGAGACAGAUACACUGUUCCAAAAGGCCCGAGCGUUAGCAGCACGGAGUGGUUUCAGGCAGGACGCCGCAUUGAUAUGUGAACGACAUGCCGAAUUCCUCCUUCACGUUUCUGGCAAGAGGCCUCAGAAGGCUGCAGUGGAGACGUCAGAAGCCUCUCGUCAGAUAGAAGAAGCGAUCCGCUACUAUACAGAAUGGGGCGCCAUGAACAAAGUAAAGCUGCUACGCUCGAAGUACGCUUUCUUGCUUUCUGGUUGAGAUUUCGGGGGUGCGGUACGAGGAUGAUCAAGAGUUGAACCGGCUGUCAGAAUAUCAACACGAGGCAACCCAUCAACUUGUAGAGUGGGUACGAUGUAGCUACACGCGUCUGACAAAUGCCAUUAUUGACGUUGGACGCAAUAGUGGCUUAAAACGCCUUUGGUUUCUACAAUAGUUGCCGUUGCUGCAGAAGUCGCUGGGCCAAAUGCACAAACGAACAACCUUUAUUGCAGUUGCUGGAUUGGGCGUCGCAGGAGUCGGGCUCUUCUGGUUUACGGCAAGUUCACGGCGGCUCCCAGCACUGCAUCAUUCUUGAAGGCGGAGUGCGUUUUGGAAGCAGCAAGGGGCGUGUCUCUUUCCAGUGAUGAGAGAAUGGAAGGAAUCCGGUCUAGUGCACCUUUGUACCUGUGUGAUUCACACUUGGCUUUCAUAAAGGAUAAUAGCAAUACUCGAUUGUUCAACACAGUAUUCUUGUCCUCCGGGGCUUGGAUGUCAGUUGGUAGAAAUUUUUCCACAACCAUUGACAGAGCAGCUUUGCAAUUGCUAUCUUCAUAGAAAAG